CGUUUCUUGUUUCUACCCGUUCACUUCCGGGUCUCCGCGGCUUUGGAUGGUUUGGGCGCGAAUUUCUCUGAGCGCGGCUCCUGGAAGGAUUCAAGACGCGUCUUUGUCAGUCGUGGGGCGAAGUGCAGCCUUAGUGAUGAGUGCCUUUGAGUCUUAAGGAAACUGCGGUCGGCAGCGUCGCUACCCCGAGACGUCGUUUGUCCGGAGCGUAAGUUGAAUGAUAAAUCCAUUAGGCCUAAAGUAAGAAGACCUGAAUGUUACUCUUCGAACUGACGUUAUCUGUGACCAGAGCAAAACAAUUCAGAACUUAUUUCCAUUUUCUUGGAUUUAAACAUGGAGAUAAUGUUAUUGUAUGGAGGAGUAUAAAAUAUUUUGAAGCACUGUUAUAAUUGUUCUGUUUAAAUCAAGAUGUCUAGCAAAGCAAAUGCUUUCAAGAAAAGUUCUCAACAGUUAAAAAGAAAUCCAAAAAGAAGAAUUGGUGAUGAAGAAGCAGAGCUAUCAAAGAAAGAGGUUAGAAACACAGGGAAAAAAAAUAAAAAUCAUCCAAAACAUCUGUCUUCUGAAGUGACAGGACAAACAAAGCAUACUAAUCUAAAACAGGUAAAGAUUGCAUCCCACAAGAGAAAAACCUGGCAACCUCUUUCCAAGAGUAGCAGAGAGCAUUUGCAAACUAUGAUGGAAUCAUUAAUAAUUGCAAUUUUGAGUGACAGUAUUAGAGAAAAUGAAAAAAUUCAGUAUCAUCUGAACUUCCUGAAGAAAAGAUUGCUGCAACUGUGUGAAACCCUGAAAGUCCCUCCCAAAAAGCUGCAAGAUUUAACUCGUGUGUCAAGUCUACUGAAAAUGGAAAGGGCACAGCAUACAGCUAAUGAAGAGGGUCUGGCAUUGUUGCAGGAAGAAACAGAUAAAAUAGUAGAGACCAUAGAGUCAAUGACCGGGAAUAUUCACAGCCUAAAGAGCAAAGUUCAUGUUCUAACAAGUGAGGUGGAAGAAGAGGAAAAGAAGGUAAAACAGAUGUUUCAAAUAGAUACUGAGGUAAUCUCUCUUCCCGAACUUUCUCAGAAGAGUCUCAAAGCACCCCUACUUCAGAAGGAAAUUUUGACGCUAAUUCCAAACCAGAAUGCUCUUCUGAAAGACUUGGAUGUUCUCCAUAAUUCAUCCCAGAUGAAGAACAUGUUAACUUUCAUUGAAGAAGUCUAUAAAAGACUGGAUGCCUCUUAAAGAGUUUUGUUUGGUUUUGGUUUUGGUUUGUAGAUUGUUCCAUAUUAAUUUAAUGUUUAUGAGUUUGUAAAAAUGUUAUCCUAUGUGGUAUUGCCAGGGCUGAGGCUUCUUCAGGAUUUAUCUCAUAACAUGCACUUUAAAAUUAACCUCUAUAGAUCUACCAUUAACCUCUACAGAUCUAACGUGGGCCUUGAAAACUCUGUUUUUAUGAAUUCCCACAUCUAGGAACUCACAUUUAUGUUGCUGUAUUUCCAGUUAUUUGCCUAAAACCAUAAAAUGAGAACAGCCACAAUCUGAUGGUUUAUAAUGCCUGAAUAGAGCUCAUUUAUUGGUUAGUGCAGAGGAAAUAUGAUACUAUAACUUAGUAUAUGUAAGGUGUUUAUAGUGCCCAGCACAUAAAAAUGUAAGUGUUUGCUAUCAGUAUUGUUUUUUAGCUGAUGACUUGCAUUUUCUGUCUGAUCACGUGAAACUCCCGAAAUCCCCAAAUGCCUUUACUCUUACAUAACUCCCUAGAUUUUUUGUGGCAUAAUUAAAAUUUGCCAGGUGUAUUUAACUUUAGAGGUAGCAUGAACACUUCAUUUCCUUGGUUAGGUUAGUGAAUAGAUGUUGAAUAUUUAUUUUCUACUCUCAUCUGCGCAUACCUGUAUUUCAUAAAAUAACGAACCCACGUUCAUUUAUUCCCUUAAAACAAACACCAAGCAAAAAAUCCCUUUCUAAAUCUUUUCUCAUUGCGAUAAUAAGUAUAUACAUGUGAAGAAAUUAUAACUUAAAUAUAUUAAAAAUCAUUUUUAACCAACCACAGUAUAUUGACUGGGUUGCUUUUAUCUGUUUGUAAAAUAAAAUAACUGUAAUUUAGUUACUUUUCUGUGGAACCUAAAAUGUUUUGUCAAUUAAUUUAGAAGGUGCCAUAAUUCUGUUAAUGCCCUCCAGGCUGAGACCACCAGGAAGGCAGCUUCAGUUAAACAAGUUGGCUUUAGUGCUUACUGCAGCGAGGGAGACCGCACAUCAUGGGGAACCUCGGGCCACCGAGCGAAAGGGUCGAAAGCAGUAUCCUCUUAGAAAAUAAUGGUCGAGGAAGACACUAAUGUAUUUUAAGGGAAAGAAAGUCUUCAAGAAAGGAAACCUGUAGUGCAGCAUUUAAAAAGAACAUUAUUGUAUAUGGUUUGGACUGCUACGUGGCAGGCAAAGCAUUUAAAAGAAAAAGAUUUUACAGAAUGUCUUAAAAUUUAAAAACCCUUCGCUUGGAAACUUACAGGCUUGUGUUUUCAGAGUGACAAGUAGCGCCCCAACUCACUUUUAUCAUUAAUCAUGAUGUUUAGAAUAGCUUUUGGUGGGGAUGAAAGAGUUACAUUAAGCCUGCCGUUUCUCUCAGAACAUCUGUUUAACAGAUGAUUGAAAGUCAACAGGAAUUCCGACUUAGCGUUGUUGCUGAGGGGUAAUUCUCUACCUUGCAUAAACUGGUCAUACUGCCCCCUUGCAGCUUUGAAAAAUAUGUGAUCUAAUUUUGAGAGAGCUACAGUAUCUUCAGGCAGGUAGCAGGUAACACAUACAAUAUUUUCUUCAAAGGCUGAAUUUUGGUAUACUCUUUGUGAAGAAUAUAAGAGCUAAUUACAGAUCCAAAUAAAAUUGAAAUUCAACUGCACAAGGUCCCAGUAAUGCAGAUGGUCAUCCUCUUAAUGUAGUAUUCUCAUCUGUUUAAAUUCUCAUUUACACAAGCCAUGCCAACUAUGAUACACGUCUCCAGUGACUGAUAAGUGCCAAUGCCAGAAACUUUAAAUCCUAAAGAUAAAUAGUUUGGAAUGGAGGAUAUAUGGUGUAAAAAUGUAGCCUGUAAUAAAGAUAGAAUACCAAAUAAAAUGUAGAGAAAAUAUAUCAUUCAGUAAGUGGUCUUGGGAAAACUAGCUAACCGUACCGGGGGUGGGGGUGGAGGGGUGGUAGUAAAUAUUCCUACUUUAUGACAGAAUAGGUUCAAAAUAAAAUUAAAUAGAAAAAUGGAAACUGAAAAGAAUUUAUAAAUGAAUAACUGAUGUCAGUGUAGGUAAAGCCCGACAGACAUACUCAUUUUGUAGUACUUCACUUUAUUGCAUUUUGCAGAUACUGUGUUUUUUACAAAUUGAAGGUUUGUGGCAACCCUGCAUCGAGCAGGUCUAUUGGUGCCAUUUGUCCAAUGCCUUUAUUUUUUAAAUUAAGGUAUGUAUAUUGUUUUCUAAGAUAUAAUACUGUUGUACACUUAAUAGACUACAGUAUAUUGUAAAUGAAACUUGUAUAUUCACUGUGAAGCCAAAAAAUUGUUACAAAAUUUGCUUUAUUGUGAUCUGGAACUGAACCUGCAGUAUCUCUGAGAUACGCCUGUAUUAUGCAUAUAAACAAAGAUAAAACCAUAAAGAAAAAAAUCAGUAGAUCAUUACAUAAGACUUUGAACUUUUAAAAAUAAAGUUAAAAAAAAAACAAGCCAAAGACAGCACAGACAGAAAAAUAUCUAUAACAUAUAAAACAAAUAACAUCUUUAUUCAUAAAGAGUUCUGAAAUGCCAGUAACAAAUAAAUACCAGUAGGAAAAUGGGCAAUUCUCAGGGGAAGAUACAUAAAUGGUCAAUAAGUACUUGAAAGAUUUUCACCCUUAAUCAAGUAAAUGCAAAUUAAAACAACGAAACUCUUUCGCCUAUCAGACUGGAAAAGAUUUUAAAAAGGCUGAAAGGGAAUGUUGCUGAACAUACAAGAAAAUGGGUCCCCAAUAAUGCUGCUGAAGGAAGGAGAGCAAGUGGUGUAAUUUGAGGGGGAGGCAGCCUGUGCAGAUAUGUUACAGAAACACAGUACUGUCAAUCAUUUAAGUCCUUAUUUUACAUGGGUUCUUCCAUUCUCCAACUUUCCUUUGGGCAUAUGUUUAACAAACAGGUUUUGCUUAAAUAUGAGACACCUGCCCAGCAACCUAAAAGUAAGGGAUUUACUUUCUUUCAUUUGGUUGGAUAGAAUUUCUUGGCAUUCUCUAUUUACCAAAAACGAAUGCAGGUGCACCUGUCAAAACUAAUAUUUAAAUUAUUUCGGUUGGCUUAGUGUCCAUAUUUAUUGAUAUGUGCUAUAUGCCAGGCACUAUUCUAAAACCAUUACACAUAUACAUGCAUUUAUACCAAUGUUUAAUCCUAAUAACAACCUUAUGGGUAUUAAAAUCCGUAGCAAUCAUUAUUCCCAUCCUGUAUACCCCGCAGCAAAGGAAGCUAAGUAAACUUUGUUUUAAGAUCACUCAAAUGGUAAGUGAUAGAGCUAGGAAGUGAAAAAAAAAAAUAAUUUUGACUUCUCAGGAAUUCACUGAUAAGAUACAAAUAGAAGGGGGUACUGAAGCUAAUGAGUAGAUCCUAUUACAGCAAUGUACAAAUCAAUCUAUUUCUGUAAGUAUAGUGGUAAUAUGUAUUAUAGAUGUGUUCAGUUGGAUUUCUAGAAGAAAAUCCCCUUAAAUUUAUCUUAUAUUAGUAACCUCUUUUUUCCCUCUUCUUUUCCUUUUUUCCUUUUAAUCUCAGAGUCAAAAGGUCAGCUUAGCUUGAUGAACGUCUUUCACAUUACCUUCAUCCAAAGCAAUUUUCCUGGAAAAGAUAUAUUUUGCCUUUUCGACUAUUUUUCCCUAUUCUAAUUAGUUCGGAUGUUUUAUAGAGAGCAAAGAACUUUGAAAAAAGAAUACAAGUUUCUGUUCUGGAUGCACUUGGGUACAUGUACUUUAAGCUUGGGAAGACAUUUAUGUGUCCCUCCGAGUCCAUAAAUAACUUGAACCCUGACUUUUUAAGGUUUUCUCUGAUACUGUGCUUUGUAGCUAUAACAUUUUCUGUUCUAUAAAUAACUUCUGUUCAUUUUUAAAAUCCAUUUUCCUCAAAUAAUAGGAGUAGAUUUAUGUAGGCUCCUUAGGACCAUUGCACGGGUAUAUGUUGCCCUCAGUAACAUUUUUUUUUUAAGUUAUCAGUAUACCGAGAUCAAAAACACUCUUCCUUUGACAUCCAGUAAUUGUCCUAUAAAACAAUUUCUCUAGUCACUUUCAGCUACCAACUACCAAUUGUAUUCCUUAAACUAACAUCUUCAAAUAAAGAAUGCCCUAACUUAUCUCUGCGUCUGAUGUUGACUUUGUGAGACGUAAAAAUGGUAAACAGUAUCCUCCCAUGUGACCACAUUCAAAUUGAAGCCUCUCCCUAUUCCGCUGAGACCUACUGUUUAUUAUCUCAAGACUCAGGUAUUGUGUGCUGAGAUGCCCGUGGUGCUUGAAAUUGCAGCCAUUCGAGGGAAGUGGGUAAAUUCUGAAUGACUUCA